AUGGGAACUCCACUGGUUGGUACGGCCAUCAUCACGGGGGCCAAUGGCUUGCUGGGAUCAGAGGUCGCCGUCUCCAUUGCCAAAGCACAGCCCUUUGUCCACCUCUUGUUGGUGGCUCGGGAUAUCAGAUCCGACGCCGUGAAGGAUGUAUUAAACCGGAUCCGAUUGAUCGGGCCUAGAUCCGUCGAGGUGGUCAAGGCCGAUCUGGCCUCCUUCAAUUCGGUAGCGAGCUUUGCUCAGUAUACCGUGGAGAGGGUCCGCAGCAAAGAGAUCCCUCCCGUCAUUCUUUUGAUCAAUUCCGCGGCCAGCUCGUCAUACGUCACCGAUCAAGUCACACGAGAUGGGUACGACCCCGUCUAUCAAACCAACUGCAUCGCGCCGUUCUUGUUGACCGUGAGUCUGCUCGAGGCCUUCCGAGCCGGCGACGGGACCCCGAACGGCGGUGCCCGAGUCAUCAAUAUCGGCUGUGCGACCAUGUCCAAGGGUUCCCUGGACUACUUCGAUGAGCAAGAACCGGACCACGCCACCCAGACCCCGGGAACUCCGAUCAGUGCGAAGGAAGCGACCGCCCGGUUCGGAAGCAGUAAAUUGUUGAUGAGCGCGGCCAUGUAUGCCUUGCGGCGAAGUCUGGUACUCGCUGGUAACAUCUCGCUCAAUGUAUAUACGAUGGACCCCGGUUAUAUGACCGGGGAGAGCCAUCUGACCGCCUCGGCACCUAAGUCGGUGCGCAUGGCGCACCAGACCCGGUCUGGGCUCCGGCCGAUCUUGCGAGUCUUCUCCAAGAGUGCAAUCAACAAGGCUAGUGUUCCAGCCAAGGUCAUAGCGAAGGUCGCAUUCCAGAAGGAGACGGUGGAGAAUUGGGGCAGAGAGCGCUAUUAUAUCUUGGAUAGCGAGUACGAGGCCGGAUCCGUCAUUCCCGUGUUGCGAGACCUGCCGCGCAUGGAUGCGCUGCUCCAGAAGCCUGCUUUGCGACGUCGAAGACAACUCUUUCAGCGACUCUGUCUCUUUUGCGGUGUCUCCUUGCUACUGCUCGUCUUGAUAUUCCCGUCACUGCGCGCCUCGCUCCUUCCGGUGGUAUCUCUCGGCCUACUCCACUCGUACGAGGAUCUUCAAAUCGAGACCAUCCGAUACUAUGACUUGUCCAAGGUGCAAGGAACGGCAAGUGGUUGGGAGCACGGGGAGCGGGUGCUCAUGUGUACCCCCCUCCGCGACGCUUCCUCCCACUUGCCCAUGUUCUUCUCGCAUCUACGGAACCUCACCUACCCGCACAAUCUGAUCGACCUGGCUUUCUUGGUGUCGGACUCCGAAGAUGACACGAUGGGGAUGCUGUCGCGCAUGCUGGACGAGCUCCAGCACGACGCGGACCCGAAGAUGCCCUUCGGUGAGAUCUCUGUUAUCCAGAAGGACUUUGGGCAGCUGGUCAACCAGGAUGUCGAGAGUCGGCACGGGUUCGCCGCGCAGGCCAGCCGCAGGAAGUUGAUGGCCCAGGCUCGGAACUGGCUGCUGAGCGCCACGCUGCGCCCGACGCACAGCUGGGUUUAUUGGCGAGACGCGGAUGUCUUGACAGCGCCGCGGACUAUCUUGGAGGAUCUGAUGCGGCAUGAUAAGGAUGUGAUUGUGCCGAAUGUGUGGCGACCCCUUCCCGACUGGCUGGGUGGAGAGCAACCGUACGAUCUGAAUUCGUGGCAAGAAUCUGAAACUGCUCUGGCGCUGGCCGAGACGCUGGAUGAGGACGCGGUCAUCGUGGAAGGUUAUGCGGAGUACGCUACCUGGCGCCCGCAUCUUGCCUAUCUGCGCGACCCGUAUGGUGAUCCGGACAUGGAAAUGGAGCUUGACGGUGUCGGCGGUGUGAGUAUUCUGGCGAAGGCAAGGGUUUUCCGCUCGGGUGUGCACUUCCCAGCUUUCAGCUUCGAAAAGCAUGCUGAGACUGAAGCCUUCGGCAAGAUGGCCAAGCGCAUGGGCUUUUCGGUCAUUGGUCUUCCGCAUUACACCAUCUGGCAUCUUUAUGAGCCAAGCGUGGACGACCUGCGGCACAUGGAAGAAAUGGAACAGGAACGGAAAGAGCGCGAGAGAGAGGAGAAAGAUCAGGCUGAUCGUGCUGACCGCGUGCAGACCCUGUUCAAAGACGUCAAGGUGCAGUGGGACAUCGAUCAUGCAUUUGUCGAGGACGCCAUCGCCGAGGAAGAUAAAAAGCAAGAGACCGCCGCUUCGGGGCCGCCUUCGAGCGAGGCACUCAAGGGCUCCGAGGAAGGUCCUCUCGCGCCAGCUGUGAAAGAGCGGGGUGGUGUCGAACAGAGCGGCGAGGUCCACGAUACCAACAUAAAAGAAGCCAUGCGAUGA